CUCCGACCUUGUUCGACCCUCUGUCCCGUCGCCCCCUUCGCCAAUUUUCGAGUAUCCGACACCGUCAAGCGAUACAUAGCCCAAGAUGUCUAAGAGAGGACGUGGUGGUAAUGCCGGCAACAAGCUGAAGAUGACGCUCGGUCUGCCUUGCGGCGCCGUGCUCAACUGCUGCGACAACUCCGGCGCCCGUAACCUGUACAUCAUCUCGGUGAAGGGUAUCGGUGCUCGCCUGAACCGUCUCCCCGCUGCGGGUGUCGGUGACAUGGUCAUGGCCACCGUCAAGAAGGGUAAGCCCGAGCUGCGGAAGAAGGUCAUGCCCGCCGUUGUGGUCCGCCAGAGCAAGCCCUGGCGCCGUCCCGACGGCAUCUACCUCUACUUCGAGGACAAUGCCGGUGUGAUCGUCAACGCCAAGGGUGAGAUGAAGGGUUCCGCCAUCACUGGCCCCGUCGGAAAGGAGGCUGCUGAGCUUUGGCCCCGUAUCGCUUCCAACUCCGGUGUCGUCAUGUAAACAACCCCCACGAAAGAAAAAGCACCUUCGAAAGAACGUCGUCAUGAACCCCGGGCAACAGGAAAACAGAAGGGCCAUAUAGAAACGAGAAAAAAAUGAAGAAAAAGUAAUCAAGGGAGAUUGCGAUUCCAAAUUUCUCAAAUGGAAAAACCUGAACGAUACCACCACGAGUUAGAAGGGAAGCGGAGCGGGCUUGUUGCGAUUUGCAUAUAAGUUAAAUGAAUGCAAACAACGAUCGAACGAACAAACUGUCCACCCCUUCUCUUGGUCUUCCUUUUUCUUCUUUUUUUUUUUUCUUUUUUCUUAUAUGUGGUCCGUUACGUCGGUAUCUACGUACCUUGGAGGAUUGACGAACGUGCCUUUGAUUGAUACGAUAAAAGAAACCAACCCUCUCAUCCUCAUCCUUAUCAUCCUCAUGAACACCUUUUCCUCCGUUUUCUUUUUCUUUUUCUAGUUUGAUGCUGGUUACAUGGCGAUCUGGAAUAUAAAAAUUCACCAAACGAUUUAUUGGAUGUAGUCUCAACAUAAGUUGUUGCAUAAACCCUAUCACUCGCCAAUCGGUG